AGUAGUCGACAAACAAUUUCAUCAGACAAGUUGCAUACAAAUUUUGUCUAUGACAAGUUUUAUAUUUUAUUUGUUUUACAAAAAAUGUAUUUGAAAUUUGCAUAAAACUUGUCAAAUACAUGUAUAUUACCUUGGUGUAAACGAGAGGUUACCUUUCUUUUUAGUUAUUUCAUCUUAGUAAAUAAUAAAAAAAUUGAGGUUAUGUUUUAGUUGUAUUUUGUAAAAAGUAAAAACUACUCUUAAAUUUUUACUUUUUGGAGAUUUUUAAAAUACUUAAUACGCCUCUAACUGAAGAUGCCUAUCGACUUUCGAAGAUUUAAUGGCCCUGAAGAUAGUAUACCAUAUAAAGCAUUUACAAGUAAUUGUGUACGCACUUAUGACGAGCUUUAUAAGGACUUGUUUGAUGAUUCAGGGAAAAGAAAAGACGGCCGAGCGUUGGACGAAAUGCGAUCCAUGUAUGCCAGAACUGGAAUGGUUUCACAAGCUAAAGGAUCCUCUUACAUUGAACAAAACAGAACUAAAGUUGUAUGUUCUGUAUUUGAUCCAAGAGAAAUAAGUCAUCAAAAUGAGUUCAGUGAUGUUGGUCAGUUAUAUUGUGAAGUGAAAUUUGCUCCAUUUUCAUGUCCUCGGAGGAGAAGACCUCAUGCUCCAGAUACAGAGGAGCGGGCAUUAUCGUCAGAUUUAAGAAAAGCUUUAGAAAGUGUUGUUUGUAGAGAUCUUUUUCCUAACUUUCAGAUUGAUAUUUUCGUUUACAUUCUGGAACAUGAUGGAUCCUGUUUAGCAGCUGCACUAAAUGCAGCUGGGCUGGCCCUUGUUGAUGCAGCUGUUCCAAUGUAUGGUAUUAUAACCGGGUGCUCAGCUGCAGUCAUUGAAGAUAAAAUAUUCGUAGAUCCCACAGAAGAAGAGGAGCAUUUAGCAUUAACAAGGGUUAUUAGUGAGAAAAAUCACGGUCUUGUAACGGCAUGCAUGUACCAUAAUCUACGGCAGAUAUGUGACCUCCGACAAAUUGGAUCAAUUAAUAUGGAGACUAUUAAGGAUAUAUUGGUGAUAUUAGAGAAUAAUUCUGGCCGCAUAGAGCCUUACAUGGAGCAAAUAAUAGUAACAAAUGUUGAGGAUCAAUGUGAAGAACAACAAAUAUUGGAUGAAGAAUCAAAAAUUAAAGAAAAAGCUUUAAAUGCAAUGGCUGAGGAGUGGAGGACCAAAUUAAAUUUAGAAUCAUGAUUUGUUUGUUUUAUU